UCGAUACUUUAGUGGUGAACUUAAAACAUUUUAUGGCCCAGGAAUCUCCAGUUAAAGCUCGGAAGAACAGGAAGUGGAGCUCCAUCUUCACCCAGAAGAGUGCCUGAGGCUCAGUGAAUGCAGCACAUCCUUGUAUCCAUAUCAACACUGCACGAUGGUAGCUGAAUAAUUAAGGGUCUGGGGGGUAAUACUCAACCUGGAGACUUGAUCACAUUUAGAGGUUGAAUUAAGGCUGGACAGGGGUGAUGUCACUGCAAAUGAGUGAGGCAGAGGGAGCUGUGAAAGUGGAAGAGUGGCAGCAGACGUUUUACGCCUCCGACUCGGGGAUACAGUCAGGAGCCACCACGAUUCGUGAUGAGGAGGAAUCUGAGUUCAGUAAGAAGUAUAGCGUCAGUGCCAGCGCUGCGGAGAGCGCCACAGAUGUUGAGGCUCAAUACAGUUUAACUCGAGCCCAGAGAGUGCGUGCAGCCAUGUUCCCCGAGACGCUGGUGGAGGGAGAGACGGUGCUCACGACUCAGAGCAAUCCAGACCAGCCCACCAAUGUGCAGAGACUGGCCGAGCCCUCGCAGCUGCUGAAAACAGCCAUCGUCCAUCUCAUUAACUAUCAGGAUGAUGCUGAGCUGGCCACACGUGCUGUACCAGAGCUCACCAAACUGCUGGCCGAUGACGACCAGGUGGUGGUAAACAAGGCAGCACUCAUUGUGAACCAGCUUACUCGGAAGGAGGCUUCUCGUCGCGUGCUCAUGCAGUCUCCUCAGAUGGUGUCGGCUGUGGUGAGGGCCAUGCAGAACACCGGAGAUCUGGAGACGGCUCGCUGCGCUGCCAGCGUCCUGCACAGCCUGUCCCACCAGCGCGAGGGCCUGCUAGCUAUCUUCAAAUCGGGUGGGAUCCCCGCGCUAGUACGCAUGCUCAGUUCCCCUAUGGAGUCAGUGCUGUUCUAUGCCAUUACCACGCUACACAACCUGUUACUGCACCAGGAGGGAGCCAAGAUGGCGGUGCGUUUGGCCGAUGGACUGCAAAGGAUGGUCCCCCUUCUGAAAAAGACCAACCCAAAGUUCCUGGCCAUCACCACAGACUGCCUGCAGCUGCUCUCUUACGGCAAUCAGGAGAGCAAGUUGAUCAUCCUGGCAAAUGGUGGGCCAGAAAGUUUGGUGUUCAUUAUGAGAAACUACAACUAUGAAAAGCUCCUAUGGACCACCAGCAGAGUCCUGAAGGUGCUUUCUGUCUGUCCAAGCAACAAGCCGGCUAUUGUUGACGCUGGAGGUAUGCAGGCUCUCGGCCAACAUCUCACAGGUUCGAGUCAGCGUCUAACACAGAACUGCCUGUGGACCCUGAGGAAUCUCUCUGAUGCUGCAACCAAGCAGGAAGGUCUCGAUGGUCUCCUGCAGAUCUUAGUGAGUCAGCUGGGCUCAGAUGACGUGAACAUGCUGACCUGCGCUACUGGCAUCCUGUCAAACCUCACCUGCAACAAUGCACGCAACAAGGCCCUGGUCACUCAGAGCGGCGGGGUGGAGGCCCUGAUUCACGCCGUGCUUCGAGCUGGAGAGAAGGAAGACGUGGCCGAGCCGGCCGUCUGUGCCCUGCGUCACCUCACAAGCCGCCACCCCGACGCAGAGCUGGCCCAGAAUGCAGUGCGUCUGCAUUACGGCAUCCCUGCCAUCACCAAGCUCUUGGGCCAGCCGCACUAUUGGCCUGUGGUAAAGGCCACAGUGGGCUUGAUUCGCAACUUGGCCCUGUGUCCAGCCAAUCAGGCGCCUCUGAGGGAAUCUGGGACGAUCCCUCGACUGGUCAACCUGCUUUUGAAAGCUCAUCAGGAAACUCAAAGACACGGCUCAGGGGCCCAGCAGACCUAUCAGGAUGGCGUGCGAAUGGAGGAGAUUGUGGAAGGCUGUACAGGCGCUUUGCAUAUACUGGCCAGAGAUCCGAUCAACCGAGGGGAAAUCGCCAGCAUGCAGACCAUUCCUCUGUUUGUGCAACUUCUGUACUCGUACGUGGAGAACAUAAAGCGUGUGUCCGCUGGUGUUUUGUGUGAACUCGCUUUGGAUAAGCAGUCUGCUGAAAUGAUUGACGCAGAAGGAGCCUCUGCACCUCUUAUGGAGCUCCUGCACUCUCCCAACGAGGGGAUUGCCACCUAUGCUGCGGCCGUUCUCUUCCGCAUCUCUGAGGACAAGAGUUCAGACUACAGGAAGCGUGUGUCGGUGGAGCUCACACACUCCCUCUUCAAACAUGACCCUGCAGCCUGGGAAAUGGCACAUGCCACCAUGCCACUCGACCCUGGAUACAUACCAGAUGAUCUGGAUGCGGUUUACCCUCCAUAUGGUUACACUGAUAUAGCCAUGGAUGGCCUCCCACUGGACGCCGAGCUACAUGAGCAAUACAUGCCAGAAAUGACCUAUGACCCUCGACAGGUGUACCCAAAUCCUCUUUAACAACACUGCCAGCAGUCUUCAGGUCAAAUGAAGUGGAUGAAGGUGGAGACUACAAAACGGUUUGUUCCCUGCAAAAGACGUGGAGCAGGGCCUGAACUGUGCAGUGCUCGAACGAAAGAAGAACAAAACACACGACUUGCUUUAGUUCACCACCGGUCUGUUUGUGACGUGAACUCUAAGCACUGCCUAACUCAUCUCGUUAUCUUGUGCUACUAACAGAGUGACAGCCUAAAAGUGUGGUGACGCGAGCAUGUGAUCAUAACAUGUACAUUUUGUACUUUAUAUUGUUUGUCCAAAGACGUCCAGACAACUCCGUCCUAGAAAUGUAGCAUAGCUAGCUAGCGGCUCAGCCACACGAGGGUUCGUUUUCCUUUGCGUUCUGUGUAUUUGUGGCGCUGAGACAUUGCUACUGAGUAGAAAAUAACACAAAAGCAACAAAACAUACAUCUAAAAACACAAACUUGUUUGUAUUUUCAUAAUCUCACUAUUAUAAGAAGACAUUUGUUGACAUGUGAAGACAUUGAUAUGUCUAACAAGUCAAGGGCAGGUUUUCUUCUUUUUCUUGCUAAGUCUUCAUACAAACUUUUGCAUUUUGUUUUAGAGACAAACUGAUAUUCAGUUGUAAGAAAACGUUUGAGGCGUAUGAUUUCAUGUAAAGAUCAUAUGACAUUUUAGGAGGCAUUGAUGGAUGAUGGAGGGUUCAUCAUUAUUCACAGCUAUAAUAUUACCCUGUAUACAUACACUACUACAUGGCCUAAGGUAUUUGGACACCAAUUACUAAUAAACCAGUAAAAAAAAAAAAAAUCCAUAUUAAAGCCAAUGGUUUUGAAAUUAAAUGCUCAAUAAGCACAGAAGAGUGUCCAAAUAUAUUUGGCUUCACAUGUUUUUUUCUGUUUAUUAGCUUUUUUUUUAAAGACACUGCUACAAAAACAUUGUAAAUCCAAAAUAAUAGUAGGAUUCAUACAUUUAGAAGUAAUUCAAUAAGUAUAAUGUUGCGAUAUAUGCCCACUUUUGUAGUAUAUUUUAGAGCAAUGGACUAUUAAGUGAUGUUUUGUUUUUCUUUCACUGCUAUUACUGUAACAGGGUACAUUUUAAAGGGGCAUGAUUUCAUUAUUCUGAAUGAGAUUUUAAUUUUUUUUUGUACAACAAUCAAUCUUGAUUAUGCUCUGAAAUUAUGGUAUUAUGCUGUUCAUUAAGACUGAACACAAUGUACCGUUUUACAAAGGAAUGAUUAGCAAAGUACAUUAUAGUUCAUAGUUUCCAUAGUUAAUCCCACCUUGCAAUAUCAAGGCCCUAUAUAGUUGUGCGUCCCAGACUUUUAAUUCAAAAUCGCCCCAUUAUUAUUACACAGCUACACUUUAUUCUGAUUGGUCAGUUGGUCUUGAUGACCUUGUUAGGAUUUAUAUUAGAUUAUGACAUUAUCCUGACUUGUUUACUCCAGAAUAUUCGCUCUCUUUAUAUAACAUCCCUUAGACUUUAAAUAUUUUUUAUACAGAAACUAUAUUGUUUUACAUCAUUGUACAUAGUGCACAUCUUGUUUUCAAUGACAUGAAGUAUGUAGUUAUAAGACUUAUUAUGAUUGCCAUAUGCAAGGGAUCUUGUACGUACAUUUAUUUGAAAGGCAUUACAAUCUGUGUGAAGUGUGAUUGCUGAUUGAUGAAAUUGCAGUUAUUGUCAAGCAUCAUUCAUUUACUGUAACUGUGGUGGAGAAUUUGUUUCAUAACUACAAAUCUGCCUGCCAUCUGUUGGUAUAAGGAACAUGUCUGUGCCAAAAGUAGUAAUAUUGAUAAAGACUAUUCUGGUACAGUUGCCCCUGUUAUGCUCUUUUCUUUUCUUUAACUUCUUCUAACAGCAUUCUUCUGCAUAUUCAAUGGUAACUGCACUCCUGAUGAUGCUGUCAUCAUCAUUUCAACAUCCCCAUCUGCAAGAGAAAAAAAAAUGCACGGAAUUGUCAACAGGAAGUCACAGUGCAUAUGCAUUUUUACUGAACAUUUUUAGUUUGACAGUAUUUUUUGUUUGUUUGUUUUCAAAUAAAUAAACUGAAUUAUA